AUGAUAAUCAAAAUUUUAAAAUAUGUUUUGUUUUCAGUUAUUACUUGCUAUUUUGAAUAUGCCAAAAAAGAAUUAUACUUUAUAAACGAAGGAAACAUAUAUCUUGAAAGGAAUAUAAUAAAUUUUAAAAAUAGUAGGAUAUUAGCAGAUGCAGACAACCAAUUCGAUUUAAAUAAUUUUUAUGAAUCAACCAAGUAUAAAGGAAGUAAUACAACACCCAAUUUAAAUAAUGUAGAUGGGAAAACGAAAAAAUUAAUUCAUAAAAUUCAAAAAGAAUUAAAUGAAGCAAAAAAAGAGCUCAAUAAUGAAAGGAAUGGUGAAUUAUCAAUACAGCCGAUACAAGACAAAAGAGUAAUAAAAAAAAGCGAACAUAUUUUUAAGAUUGAUGAAGAUAAAAUUAACGAUAAAUAUAAUAAAAUUACAUUAAGUAAUUGUUAUAAGAAAUUAAAAAAAAUUUCAAAGUCUAAAAAAUCAAAAAAAAAUAUAAUUAUAAAGGUGAUGUUGUUGAUUGCAACACUUUUUGUGGUAAUAGCAUUAGGAAUGAUGAACCAGAUGAUCUUACUUGGACUUUUUUGGCCUUUCAUACUUAUUAUCGGAGCGAGUCUCAAUAGAUGUUCUUAA